GGGACAAACAGCAUCAUCGCCGUGAGGCCAUGGUCCUCGUAGACGGGGCUUAGUGCGGGGCUUCUAUUCUUUUCACCCUGCAUCGUCUACAGGCCCUAUCAUGAUCAAUGAAUGAAUCCAUCACAAUUGCACAGAUCUGACGGUCCACAGAUUUGAUGUAGGAGCUCCAACGGCCGUGGCGAGAGCCGCGGUAUUUGGCACAUGACCUAUCAUGGCCUUCUCCGGUGACCUGGACGACGAACCGAUAGAAACCCUUCAGCGGACCGUCCCUUUCGACCGAUCGGACCGCGGCGUUGGCGUCGGCGUGGGACCGGGUCUCUCCGGCGCCCGGGGGGCCGAAGCAAACGCCGGAGCGCUCGACGGUGGUGUUCACAGCGGUCCGAGCAGCAACUGCAAAGGUGGAAGGAUCAGCGCCGUGGCUUGUUCCAUCAUCGGGUCCCUAAAUGAUCGUUUGCAAGCCUCAGCCUAAGUGACUGAAGAAAGGUAGUGCAGAUAAAGGUUGUUGAACACUCACUUUGAAGUCAGCAGGUUCUUGAAAGAUGGGAUUGACUAUCAUUGGUCCAUGCAUGAAGACAAUGCGUUCUUGUUUGAUGUAUGUUUUCGCGCUUAGCUGGCGAUGUCCAGUCCAACAGCUACUGCCAAAUCCGCCUUGGUCGGAUGGAGUGCUCCGAAGACAAGCUCAGUGCUUGAGCUUUUCCGUGGGCUUUCUCCUUUUCUGUCGCCCUUCUCAUUUGUGCAGCCACCGUCGUGGGAACCCCCGAUACCGCCACCGGGCUCGCGCGAGCUCGAAGCCGGUGGAGCUGGCACAAGACUUGGACGCGCAGGAUCCAGAGAUGGCGGUGGAAGCUUCGUACUCCUCAGGGGCCUUUAGCUUGACAAGUACCUUAUGGCCUCCCAAGCAGGUCAUCACCGACAUCGGCAAGCUCACACCCAUCCAGGCGGAAGCGUCUGUAGGACGCUACACAGGUGCUGCACCUCCCUUGCCGGAAUGGCCCUUCUAUGAAAGCCAGAUGAGCUUGGAAGAGCUGCAGGCCUUGGAUGCCAAGGAUGAAGAGAUGCUGAAGCGGCUCACCUUCGUGGACUUUGCAGACCAGCUCACCCGGGCCUAUGUCUUGGCCAGUCGAUGGCAGAAAUCCAACCUGGGCCGGUCCGCAGGCUUCGACCGCCUUGGCAUUGGCAUUUUGAGCGGCUUCAUGUUCACCAACCCGGUCCUGAUGCGGCAGCUCCAGGGCUUGAACGUCUUGCAAAACUAUGUGGCAGAGAAGUGCCAGGACGAUGCACCUGAAGACGAAGCACCGCGGAAGACGCGUCUUCCGGCGGCGUCGCCCGAGACCUUCGCCGCCUUCCUGCGCAGCGUGGAGGCCGGCGAGACCAUCGCCGCGGAGUUCGCCGCGGUGGCGCCGGUGGAGCGGGAGACCUUCGUGGAGGGCCUAGUGAGCUCUCAAGGCAGUGCACUCGCGAUGUGGACACAAGAACCAGAGAGCGGCCUAGCGGAGGUCCACUUCUGCAUCGGCCAUGACUGCCUCAAAGAAGGUCCUGAGGUGGAAGACUUGCUCAUGCGCCUGGUGGCGCGCAAGGCGCAGGCGCAGGGUGCCCAACGGCUCCGCGCCCGCGCGCGCUUCACCGAGAAGGGGAAGCUCUUGGUGCCCUGCCCCAAGCUCCAGUUCCAGCUGGCGCCUGGCGAGCGCGAAUUCGCCGAGGACGCCAGCGACGCGGAGGCCAUGAGCAAUCGAGACUUCACCAAGCCCAAGGCACACCGUCCGAACUGUGGGAGUGGUGCGACGCAUCCCCGCAAGCCCAGAGCACCAGAAGUUCCAGCACCAGAAGGCCUGUGGAGGUCCAGGCCACUUGACUUGUAUCAUUUCUUAGAGGCAUCAAAUUUGUGGGACUGUGGGGUGGUUCUUCAGACUCAGGUCCCACCUGAAAAAGCAAUGGCCUUUCGAGGGUUGGCGACUUCGAUGGCGGCCUAUUGCCGCACCUGGUCUUUUGUCGCACAUGUGCACCACUCACGUGCAACGCCGUUGCCGUACCAGGUCGCAAAGCUUCGUUGAUCAUCCCUCCGGCUUUCUUGCCGCAGGAUUACUAUGCUAUUCCGGAAGCCGUGGAAGGACUGCGGACCUGGCUCUUGGUGCUUUGCUUGGAGGAUCGUCUUGAAGAAGCCAACGGCUGGUGCCAGGAGAUGGGCGCCGCCACGUUGGAUGAGGUGAUUGAGAGUCGGGAGGACUUAGCCGAGUAUUUGGAGCAGCAAGCACCGCUUACGGCCGGAGAGAAGCAAGCAUUGUUGGAGAGAGAUCAUUAGACCUACUGAGUGUGGGUAGACCUGCAAGUUGUAGCUGAUGGGCAUGGGGGAAGUCCCCAUGAACCCCCAAAAGUGGAGGAAUCAACAGGCGACCCAAAGCUUUGCUUUUUGCUGGCGAGAACGCCUUGGGUUUGGACUCCGGUGCUGGCGCGUGGAACAAA